AUGCGUUACAACCUCAUCCAGAUGGUCCUGCGUAGCACCGCGCUGCUCAUGACGCUCCUCCUAACGGCUCUUACCGGCAGCGUUGUUGCAUCCAACAUUGACGCUGCAGGCUCCGCAACUGCCGCUGUCAACUUCAUCAUGUUUGUUGCAAUUAUCUGUUGGAUCGUUUGCAUCAUCGGCCUUCUCUCUUUCUUCGUCUCUGCCCUCGACAAACCGCUCAUGCAGUUACCCCUGGACGGUUUAGCUGUUCUCUUCACUUUCAUCGGCGCCAUUGUUCUUGCUGCCAAGCUGCGUGUCGUCAACUGUGGAGAGAUCAACCCGAAAGCUCUACCAUCGGACUGGAUCGCAUGGGGCUCAGCAAGCGACGAGGGACGUUGUCGUCGGCUACAGGCGAGCACCGUCUUCGUAUGGUUCCUGUUCGCUUGCGUAUCUGGAAGCUUGUUCAUAACCAUUCGAAACGCGCGUAAUACUUUUGGCUCUCUGCGCAGCGCAGCUUCGAGACCAUCAAUGUCCCAGAUUUCAUCCAGUGUCUGA